AUGCUCGAGUAUUUCAGCUACAAGAAGUUCAAGAAGACUCGCGACGAGAAGCUGAAGUUUGGGAAGGACAACUUGGAGACAAAACCAGAAGAAGGUGCACUCAGCAUCACAGUCUCUUCGCCAAAGGAAGAUGCUGAGUCCCUUGCGCCUGUGCUCACUGACGAUGACGAGCGUUUCUUCGAACGCCUCACGUCUCCUGAGGAAUACACCGACGAGGAUGGCAACCGACCGCCGUUGCCACCGCGCGUAAUGACACCCGAUAUCUCUUUAGACAGCGAUGCAGAGUCCUUCCAGUCGCAACAGCAAGACGUGAAAGGCAAGGGGAAAGCAGUGGCUAAAGAGGCUGAGAAGAAGGCGGACAAGAAAGCGAACCGCUUCCCAUUCUUCAUGCGCAAGAACAAGAAACUGGAAGAUGCGCCGGAACCUAGCAGCCUCGUUGUCCCGGAGCGCGAAGCCGAAAAGGAGCAGAAAGAUAUCUCGCGCCUGCUCGACGACCUCAACCUAGCAGCGAAAAACAACAAGACUUUCUCCUUGUCUGAGGAGUCUUCAGAUAUGCUGGCCAAAUUCACUCUCAUCCUCAAGGAUUUGGUUAACGGUGUGCCCACUGCUGCCAAGGACUUGCAAAGCUUGUUCGAGGACCACGACGGCACACUGGCAAGGAACUACGAGAAACUCCCUAAGUCAAUGAAGAAGCUCGUGACACAACUGCCUAACAAGCUCACCACCACAUUGGCUCCCGAGCUUUUGGCUGUUGCUGCCGAGGCGCAAGGUCUAUCGGCAGCAGAAGCAUCAACUGGAGGAUUGAAGGGAGCAGCCAAGAAGUUCCUGACGCCAAAGAACCUGCAGGAGCUGGUCACAAAGCCGAGUGCUAUUGUGGGGUUGUUGAAGGGUAUCAUGAAUGCCUUGAAAGCCAGAUGGCCAGCAUUUAUGGGCACCAAUGUCAUCUGGAGCAUAGCCCUAUUCAUCCUGAUGUUCGUCCUCUGGUACUGCCACAAGCGGGGACGCGAGGUCCGUCUGGAAAAGGCCGACAAAGAGAAUCCUAUCGACGGAAGUGAUCGCGUUGAGGAACUCCCCGAUGAUCCGACACUCCCAGCACCGGCCACUGAACCGUAA